UCCAUUUCCAAGAAUCUGUUUCUCGUCCAUCUGAAAUAUCUUACCCGUUUCUCCGACCAUAUUUUAUCGCGAUGAAGAUUCGAUUGAGUAAUAGGAUGUACAAAGUUUGACAAAGCCGGAGGAGUCUUUAGCUUUGCAAUCCACAGCUUUUAUGGAUGAAGCAGUGAGAAUAGGUAACUACGACGCUGUAAGCGCCGCCGGGGGAUAUGGAGAUAGGGUGAUGGAGUGGGAGGACGGUCUUCCACACGGAGACGAUCUCACUCCAUUGUCUCAAUCGCUAAUCCCGCCGGGGCUGGCCUUCGCGUUUCGGAUUUCACCGGAGCCACUCCGGACCAUGCUCGAUGUGAAUCGCGCCUCGAACAUGACGUUUGCAUCGCUGCAAGGAGGUAAGAAUCAGAUGAUUUCGUCCCUGAAUCUUAAUAGUUUUCAGCCGUUCGAUGAAGAUCUGAACAAGGAGAGGAUUAUUACGGACGAUGAUACGGAUCUGAUACGAGAAGGAUCUGAUUCGAGGAAGAAUCGGCGGAUUGAGACCGGAGGAGGCGGGGUAGAGGAGGCCGAGGACUCGGGUAUGCGGGAUGGAAACUGCGGAGACGGUUCGUCCGCGAAAACUGCUCAGAAGCGGCAGAGGCUCGUUUGGACGCCGCAAUUGCACAAGCGAUUUCUGGACGUGGUGGGGCAUCUCGGCAUCAGCAAGGCAGUGCCGAAGACGAUUAUGGAGCUAAUGAACGUAGAGGGACUCACAAGGGAGAACGUCGCCAGUCAUUUACAGAAGUAUAGGCUGUACUUAAAGAGGAUGCAAGGGUUCCCAAACGAGGGGCCUUCUUCUGCAUCGGAUAGGUUGUUUGCUUCGACGUCUUUGCCACAGAGUUUGCCAGAAUCUGGUCAUGGACAUGGCCACCAUCAUAAUAGCAAUGAAUCUAAUGAUCACAUAUCGAUGCCAAUUCCUUUGCCUUGCCCGCACCAAAUGCUUCCCAUGCCAUUGUUUGGUAUCACUCCUGAUGGAAUCAAUGGGAAGAUGGGAAACCAAAAUGGUGGACCUCCUAGUCAUCUUCAUCAUCAGUAUUAUAUGGGCCAACAAAGGGAGUGGCCAGGAAACCAAUUUGGUGCAUAUCAUCACGUUCCUCCAACUGAAAAGUAAUUACUUGCUCAACUUGUCUGCACUUAACUCAAUGAGGCCAGACUGUGCAUGUAAAUGACCUUCUUUAUACGAAGUACUCUGAUUCAUGUGUUUGAUGAUAUUUCUUUGUCAGGAGUUUACUUGAUUAAUGUAGAAUUGUUGGGAAAUUUUAGUUGUGAGAAUUAUACUCGUAGAUUAACAAUUAAUGUAUUACUGCUAUUAGUAGAAGAUCUGUUGUUCCUGUUGUGAGGUUGAAAAUGAAGAUGUAUGGUUGAGAUUCGAAAUAAAAUAAUUGAGAAAAUAAAACCCUGUUUUCUUUUUUCUUUUUCAAGGAAAAAGGAAGACUUUUUGGGACUCACUAAAAAAGAAAUUAAGAAAUAAGGAAGGACACUCCAUGCGCUGAUAGUUUCUUGGAGUGUCAGAUGAUAAGAAGACCCUCCAAGCUAUAUCCCCAUUCUUAGCAUAUAAGCAAAAAUGGCAAAAUGUGAAUUGGGGCUGCAUCCUGGACAGAGUUAUCUUUUUUUAAUCAUGUUUACAGUUUUCUGUUCAGUCCAUAUAUACCCUAUUUUAUUUUGAAUUAAUACUCCCUAUUAUUAGAGUACUUAUUAGCUGUACUACCUGUUCCUUUUUAGGUAGAAUUUUAUUAUAUUUUCUAUUUUUGGUUAUUUUUAUUCUACCUUUUCAUCUUUCUCUUUUCUACAUUCUCAUCUUCUCUUUAGCAUUUUUCAUCUAUACUUUUUUCGAUCUUUUCUACACUACACACGGAUAUUUUUUUUUAAUCUCCGUGAAAAAACUAGAGUAACAACAAUCAUAGUUGGAGUAAUUAUAUCUUUCAGACAUUGAUUCUAUAUUGUUAUUCUAUAAAUAUAUUAGGGAUACACUCCUGCACUAGCUUGAAUGUUAUCUUGAAUUUAUUUAAAUCUGCGAUCAUAUAUGACCAUACUAGAAUUGUAAACUAAAUCAGACCAAAUAGAUUAGAUGAUAAUAGAAAAAUAUACAAAGUACAAGAUUGGACUAUAAAAGUUACACCAUAUUUGCUAUAGAUGUAUAUAUAAAUGUUUUUUGUUGUCAGUGUGAAUUUCACAAAGAUGAACCUUGAUUCACAAAAACUGAUGCCUCAUGCCUAACAACUUAUCUGAUCGUGUUUGAUUCAAACAGAUGUAUAGAACAUUAGAACUCAAGUUCCUGUGUACUUUUCCUGUUAGAUAUGAAGCAGAGAAGCUUCUAAUGAAUCAUUGUCUACUGGUUGCAUUUUAUUAGUGUGUCCUCAAACCUCUUGUUUAAACCAUAAAUGGCAUGUUUUGUUGUUGGUA